AUGCAUGAGGACUCUCCGGUGCAAGGAGACAAUGAAACUCAAACGGUCCCACAAACUGAAAUCAUUCCGAAAGCCGAGGAUCCUAUCUCAGAAGAAGAAGAAGAGGAAAUGUUCCAAAAGCUCAUUCAAGAUAUGAACAGGGAAGCUGAAGACCUGGACACGUCUUACCAUCUAUGGGUCAGGUUGCGCUGUGAAACGAAGCUAUCAGACAUGAUCCCUGACUUCAGCGGAAAUGAGUAUUCGGAGAAACUCGUGGCUCUAGAAGUUGAGGCUCUCAAGGUAACCGGCACCGACGUUAUUCAAGCCACAUACGCUAAAACCAUGGUAAUGGAAGAGUACGCAAAGCUGCAAGCAGUAACUGAUGCCAUGAAGAAGGCUGAAGGAGCUAUACUAACUUCGAUAGAAUUAAGAAUGCUUAAGCGGUUUAUGAAAGUGCAGAAUGAUCUUACUCAAAAGGUUGACCAGCUAGAGGCAGAAUGGAAAGAGGAGUGCAAAACUGUUUUAACACAUGUCGAUCAAUUUCGGAGCAAACCUAUUUUUAACACAGGGGAGUCAUCUAAGACAGCAGAAAACCGGAGCAAUGAUAAGAUUGCAACCGUUGAAGCAAAUUUGACCGAAACAGUCCGGGCAUCCAUCCACUCCGAGAUCGCCGAAGCCGCUCAAACAUCGAUCAAGUCGAUGAUCGCUGAAACCGUUCAAACAUCAAUCAAGUCGAUGAUCGCCAAAUCCAUUCGUGCUGAUGCCGAAACAGCAAGGAGACUUCAAGAUGAAGAUGAGCAAAGGGAACGGUUAAGAAAGGAAAUUGAAGACAGAGAUCAUGAGCUGGCUAAGCAAUACGAUGAUAAAGAAAAGGCCGCUCAACCAGAAUCCUCAUCAGCUCAAGGCUCUCACUCAAUGAAAACGAGGAACAAGAACAAACGUAAGGCGGUUCUGACUCUAUUGAAGCAGGUGGAACGAAGCGGUCUAGAAGAGUUCCAACCGGUCGGACAAUAUGAACAACCUCUGGAUGAAGAAGAAGAAGAAGAUGCUGCACAACUCAAAUCAGCGAAAGAAGAAAGCAGUUGA